AUGGAGGUGUGGGUCAGGUUCGGAGAGUUGAACAACUGUAUCACGGUCGCCAUAGCGGGGCGGGGAGGUCCUCGCCUUUCCCAACUGCUGCUGGAUCGCAUCCGGUGGGACGACCGUCGGGUGGAGCUACGUCAGAUCUGCCACGCACACGCUGCUCUCCACCGGGCGGCGGAGCUGCUGCAGCGGCACCUCGGCACCACCGUGGCUCUGGCGGUGGCGAACUCCUUCUGGGGCGGCAUCUACAGCUCCUACGGACUGCUGGUGCUGUGUACGGUUCCGAAGCGGACGCACGCCUCCGUCAUCAACCGCUCGGUGUGGCUGUCGCUGUUCUGGGUCUCGCUGAACGCCGUGCGGCUGUCGGCUCUGGCGGUGUGCUGCUCGGCGACCUGUGACCGGGCGGAGAGCGCGCUCGUGCUGGUGCAGCGGUCCGCGGCGAUGACGCCGGCGGUGGAAAGCCACGCCGGGGCUGCGGAACUGGCGGCGCUGCAGAGCCAGGUGGCCGCCACGCCUCGCCUCGCCUUCACCGCCGCCGGCUUCCUCACGGUCGACCGCCGCCUGCUGGUAACCGUCCUCAGUGCCACCGUCACCUAUCUGGUUAUUCUGGGACAAAUCGCUACGUUGUGA